GCCCCGCUGACCCCGCCCGGGCGGCCGACGCUGCCCUGCGAGGCAGCCACCGCCGGGCUGCCCAGCCUGCAGGCGUCGAGUCCACCCUGGGCUUCGGCGCGGGCGCGGCGGCCGCCGUGGCGAUCGCGGCGCUCGGCGCGUCUCUGCGGAGGGGGCGGGCCUCGCGUGCCCGCGCCGCCCGCCGCGCGUUCUACGUGGUUGGCCUCGAUGCCGCGAAGGAGAGAAGAAGGAGCUGA